UGAUUUUUGGUAAGGGUGUGUGCGUGAAAACCUGAAAAUUUUCGAAACUUCAAACUUGACGAAAGUAAUCGAAGCAAUCGGUUCGAUUGUGUGAGCUCCGUUCAACACGUGUUUUUAUUUGCAUAAAUACGAUUCCACAUCAAAAUGGAGGAAACCUUGUGCCGAACGAUUGUCAAAACAAAAGACUACUACAACACGUGGUUCAUUGAGGAUUUCCGUCGAGUUAAAAACGAGAAAAUUCAAUCAUCCGAAUUUUCCGGCACGACUGACAUUUCUGGCAAGCGGCUGACUUGGAGCUACGAGUACGCACCAGCAUACGAGUCUGGCAAUAUAUACUUGCUAUCGAAGGAGCAAGGCAUCAAGCAGAAUUGUCAGAUAAUUAUUGAGAAUUUUCCAAGGCUUACGAGGGGAGCUGAAUCCGGAUUGCUUGGACAACCAAACAAAUUGUUUGUUUGGGCGUUGCAUUUCUGCGAUAUUGCUAAAUCGCUAUCGUCGGAUGGCUCCCUCAUGCUACGCUUCAAAGUGACAUUUCUCACUCCUGUUUCGACACAUUGUCUUGCCAUGAAGCACACUCCACUGCCAGAACUUCCGCUGUCCAGUCUGGCGGAUAACUUUGCCAAAAUGCUUGUGACCAAACAGUUCACCGACCUGACCAUUACCGUUGGUCAGCAAAGCUUCCGUGCCCACAAGGCCAUCCUGGUGGCCCGUAGCACGGUGUUCGCGGCCAUGUUCCAGCACGACAUGAAGGAGUCCCAGCGGAACGAGAUCACCAUUACGGAUGUGGAGCCGAAGGUGUUCGAGGAGGUCCUGCGCUUCAUCUACACGGACAAGGUCCAGGGACUGCCGCAGUUGGUCCACGAACUGCUUGCGGCCGCCGACAAGUACGACCUGGCCAGGUUGAAGGUGAUGUGCGAGAUCCAGCUGUUUGAGGGCAUCACGGCGGCAACGGCUACGAAGACGCUGCUCUUUGCUGACUUGCACCGAGCCAAGGAACUUAAGGCUAGGGCGAUCGAAUUUCUUGCCCGCAAUUUGAAGGCGGUUUCCAACUGGGAGGAGUUUCGCCGCGAAAACCCGGAUUUGGUCGCGGAAAUUAUGAAGAAGGUGGCGAGCUGCAAUUGACGGAAUUCGUUCAACGUUGAUUUA